GUUGUUUUGGACCGGGUCCACAACACGCCUCCAUUUUUUGCUUCUCCCCAGCUUGACCCAGUCACAUGCACAAUGAAAAACUUCAGGAGAGACACUAUCAAUGCUUGUGCUCAGAAGUUGUAGUGCAGCCUCUAGGGAUUCACACACAGGCAAGCCUCUGUUCUCUGCUUACAACAGGCCUUCUCCUUUCCCUAAAACCACUCACAGAAGCAGGAUGCGUUUGCUGUGUGCUUUGGGUCUCUUUUUGGCCCUGCUGAAACUGUCUACAUCUUUGCUGCUGGGAGCCUUCAACAUCAGGUCAUUUGGAGACAAGAAAGCCUCCAACACCACUCUGAUGAACAUCAUAAGCACGAUUGUCCAUCGCUAUGACAUCAUUCUGAUCCAGGAGGUCAGAGACAGCGAUCUGUCAGCAACCAAAAAACUCAUGGAGCAUGUCAACAAAGGUUCUCCUGAGUUCAGGUACAGUCACAUCGUCAGUGAGCCUCUGGGUCGCAGCUCCUAUAAGGAGAGAUACCUCUUCCUCUACAGGGAGCAGAUGGUGUCCGUAGCUAAAAACUACACGUACGAUGACAGCUGUGAGCCCUGUGGGACAGACAUCCUGAACAGAGAGCCCUUCGUCGUCAUGUUCACCUCCAAACAAACAGCUGUGAGGAACUUUGUUCUGAUUCCCCAGCACACCUCUCCAGAGUCCGCUGUGAAGGAAGUGAAUGCUCUCUAUGAUGUGGUGAUAGAUGUCCGCACCCGCUGGAACACCAAUGACAUCGUGCUGCUGGGAGACUUCAACUCAGGCUGCAGCUAUGUGUCGGGCUCUGACUGGGAGCAGAUCCGCCUCUUCACUGACAAGAGUUUCCACUGGCUGAUCACCGACCAGGACGACACUACAGCGACACACACCAACUGCCCUUAUGACAGGAUUGUGGUCACUGAUGACAUGAUGAAGGGAGUGGUGCCCGGCAGUGCUGAGGUCUACGACUACAUGGUGGAUAUGAAUCUCAGCCAGAGUCUGGCAUUGGCUGUCAGCGACCAUUUCCCUGUGGAGGUGAAGCUGAUUGGACAGGCUUCUGCCUGAAUCAUGACUCCCACAAUCGGUCCACCAACCUCCAGGCUGAAUCUGAAUUAUGACUAAACAGUGGUGGAACUCUCAGCAACCAUGUAACAUUGAAUUUACAGGACCAAAAUAAACAAACUACAAACAAAUCA